UCUCAUCAGCAGCAGCAGCCCCGCCUCGCGACGCUCACCGCUGGCUGCUUCACCUCCAGCUCAACCCACAUCUGUCCGUCACAGCCCCGCAGCAGUGCCGCCUCUCCGUCCGGUAGACUGCGGCAUGCCCACAUUCAAACCGGGACACACGAAGUGGAUUUACUACCGAGGAGCACCAUGUCUGAGGUGCGAAAAUUCACAAAGAGGCUGAGCAAACCCGGGACCGCCGCGGAAGUCAGACAGAGCGUGUCGGAGGCUGUGAGGAGCACCGUGGACCUUGUGGAGCAGCCAAAGAUCAUUGAACCUCUGGAUUAUGAAGCCGUGGUGUUCCAGAGGAAGGCCCAGAUCCACAGUGACCCCCACAGAGACCUGCUGCUGUGCCCUGUCGACGAUGUCUCGGAGUCCCAGAUUUCCCGGCAGAGGAGGACCGUCGUUCCCUCCGUGCCUCAGAAUGCUGAGCGAGAAGCCAGAAGUCUGUUUGCCAAAGAGUGCAUCAAGAUGUACAACACAGACUGGCACGUAAUCAACUACAAAUAUGAGGCUUACUCUGGUGACUUCCGCAUGCUGCCGAGCAAAGGCCUGAAGACGGACAAGCUGCCUGCUCAUGUGUUUGAAAUCGAUGAAGACGCCAAAGAUGAGGACUCAUCAUCUCUGUGCUCCCAGAGGGGAGGCAUCAUGAAGCAAGGCUGGCUGCAGAAAGCCAACAUCAACAGCAGCCUUUCUGUCUCCAUGAGGGUGUUCAAAAGGAGAUACUUUUACUUGUCUCAGCUCCCUGACGGCUCCUACAUCCUCAACUCCUACAAGGAUGAGAAGAACUGCAAGGAGACUAAAGGAUCCAUCUACCUGGACUCAUGCAUAGAUGUUGUACAGAGCCCAAAGAUGCGGCGCAAUGGCUUUGAACUGAAGAUGCAGGACCGCUACAGCCACUUCCUGGCUGCAGAUAGUGAAGCAGAGAUGGAGGAGUGGGUGGUCACGCUGAAACAGGCUCUGCAGAGCAACCCUGAGACCACCAGCCAGGACCGGAGGAACGGAGCAGAGAUACUGGAAUGUUCCCUGGAUGAUGAUACUACCAGCCAAGGUAAAGGUGAGAGCCUGCUAGAGAGCCUGGGGAGGAGCCUACAUCCUGAACUCAUGAAGUAUGCCAGGGAGACGGAUCAGCUCAAUAAGCUCAACAGGAAUGAGGGCAGACAAAAGCUUUUCUCUCUGGAUCCUGAGACACAGAGGCUGGACUUCUCGGGCAUUGAGCCAGACGUGAAGCCAUUUGAGGAGCGGUUUGGCCGCCGUAUCGUGGUCAGCUGCCACGACUUGACCUUCAGUCUGCAGGGCUGCGUCAGUGAGAAGGGAGAUGGUGUCCUCACCAAUGUGGAACCAUUCUUCAUCAGCUUGGCUCUCUUCGAUGUUUCAAAGAGCUGCAAGAUUUCAGCCGAUUUCCACGUGGACCUUAACCCGCCCUGCGUCAGAGAGAUGCUGACCGACACCUCGGGUCAGCUCUCUCCUCCUUCAGACUCAGAGGGUGGAGGAGGAGGAGGAGGGGGAGUUGGAGUCAUGGUGAACGGAGACUCAGGGAAAGGGAACGGCCUGCCAGUACUUCAGAGGGUUUCUGAGGCUCUGCUGCGCUUCCCCACACAGGGUAUCUUUUCAGUGACCAACCCCCACGCCGACAUCUUCCUGGUAGCCCGCGUGGAGAAGGUGUUACAGAACGGCAUCACUCACUGCGCAGAGCCGUACAUCAAGACCUCUGACAUCAACAAGACUGCCCAGAAGGUGCUCAAAGCUGCCAAGCAGACGUGCCAACGCUUGGGCCAGUACAGGAUGCCGUUCGCCUGGGCUGCCAAGCAAGUGUUCAAAGACGCUCAGGGCAGCCUGGACAUGGAUGGGAAGUUUUCUCCUCUCUACCGUCAGGACAGCAGCAAAAUCUCCACUGACGACAUCAUCAAGCUGCUGGCCGACAUCAGGAAACCUGAGAAGAGUAAACUCCAGACCAUCCCUGGACAGCUAAACGUCAUCAUUGAGUGUGUGCCUCCUGACUUCUCAAACACGGUGACUUCCUCGUACAUUCCCGUAAAGCCCUUUGAGGACAGCUGUGAGCGAGUCUCAGUGGAGGUGGAGGAGUUUCUCCCUGAGGAGGCCAAGUACAACUACCCCUUCACCACCUACAAGAACCAGCUGUACGUCUACCCCCUGCUGCUGAAAUACGACAACCAGAAGAGCUUCACGAAGGCCAGAAACAUUGCAGUCUGCAUCCAGUUUAGAGAUUCAGACGAGGAAGGUGCAGCCCCUUUAAAGUGCAUCUACGGCAAGCCUGGAGACUCACUCUUCACCAGCAGCACCUAUGCAGCCGUCCUGCACCACAAUCAGAGCCCGGAGUUCUACGACGAGGUGAAGAUUGAGCUGCCGGUCCAUGUGCACGACAAACACCACAUCCUCUUUACCUUUUACCACAUCAGCUGUGAGUCCAGCAGCAAGGCCAGCAGCAAGAAGAGAGAGGGGGUGGAGUCUCUGGUGGGUUACUCCUGGAUGCCUCUACUUAAGGAGGGGAGGAUGCAGUCUGCAGAGCUCCAGCUGCCUGUGGCGGCCACUCUACCUCCUGGUUAUCUGUGUCAGGACACCAAGAAGUCCCAGCCAGACAUCAAGUGGGUAGAAAAUGCAAAGACGCUGUUCAGAGUGAGAACCCAUGUAGCAUCAACAAUAUACGCUCAGGAUCUGCAUCUUCACAAAUUCUUCCAACACUGCCAGCUGAUGAGGACAACGUCAGAGGGAAACCAAGCAGAACUGAUUAAAUACCUGAAGUGCCUGCAUGCCAUGGAGACUCAUGUGAUCGUAAACUUCCUCCCUGUGGUGCUCAUGCAGCUGUUCGAGGUGCUCACAGCAGCGACCAAAGAAGCCCACGAGAUUGCUGUGAAUUCUCUGCGAGUGAUCAUACAUAUAGUCUCCAGAUGUCACGAGGAGGGCCUGGAACACUACCUGCGCUCUUUUGUUAAGUACGUGUUUGUGACCAACAACCCUUCGUCAGGAAACUCAGCGACUACUCAUGAGGUUCUGGCCACCGCUGUCACUGCCACGCUCAAGCAAACUGCUGAUUUCAACACCAGCAAUAAACUACUCAAGUACUCGUGGUUCUUCUUUGAAAUCAUGGCCAAAUCCAUGGCUCAGUACCUGCAAGAGGGCAACCGCAUGAAGAUGCCUCGGGCCCAGCGCUUCCCAGACAGCUUCCACCAGGCGCUCCAGUCACUGGUGUUGUCCAUCAUGCCCCACAUCACCAUCCGCCACAUGGAAAUCCCAGAGGAAGCUCGCUGCAUCAACCUGAGCCUGGCUAAUUUCGUCAAGAGGUGCCUGACAGUCAUGAACAGAGGCUUUGCCUUCGGUCUGGUCAACCACUACAUGUGUCAUUAUGGUCUCAAGGAUCCAAAGGUGCUGACUGAAAUGAAAUUUGAGUUCCUGAUGACCGUGUGCAACCACGAGCACUUCAUCCCUCUGAACUUGCCCAUGGCUUUUGGGCGCACCAAGCUGCAGAGGGUACAAGAUUUUAUUCCGUAUGCGACGGAGCUUUUUGGCCCUGUAGAGCAAAGCCUGGAGUUCAGCCUGACGGAGGAUUACUGCCGUAACCACUUCCUGGUGGGUCUGCUGCUAAGAGAAGUGGCUGAGGCCUUACAGCAAGGGCCAGAGGUCAGACAGCUGGCCGUGAGCGUGCUCAAAAACCUGCUCAUCAAACACGCCAUGGACGACCGCUACAUGGCGUACAAGAACCAGCAGGCCCGGAUCUGUCUGCUCUACCUGCCACUUUUUGAGCUGCUCUACCAGAACCUGAAGCAACUGUCUGCCCAACCACACAACUCCAGCCCUGGGCUCGGCCUUAAUGGUUCCAGAGAUGACCUGAUAUCGACCAGUUCAGUGGACAACAGGAGAAUCAGCACCGCUAUUGACAGAGACCACAGUCUGUCUGCUCAGAACGGCCAUGUGAGGAGGGAAGACUCCAGAGGCUCUUUGUUUAUGGAUCCAGGAACACCAGACAGUAUUGAGCUGCAGAGACGUGGCUCCACCAUGAGCAGCAGCCCCAUGCCUCCCAUCGGCAGACUGGGACAAUACGAGAUCAAAGGCCUCCUGCUGUCCUCCCUGCACAUCAUCAAGACACUGUCAGAGGAUACACUCAACACCUACUGGAACAAGCUCAGUCCUCAGGACAUCAUGAACUUCCUCAGUUUCCUGGAGAUCUGUUUGGUUCAGCUUCGUUACAUUGGAAAAAGAAACAUUGGCAGGAGUCAGGAUGUGUGCAUGUCCAAGCUGUUCUCCUCAGACAGAAAGUCACAGACGAUGCCGGCAAUGCGCUGCAACCGAGCCAGCCUCAUGCAGACCAAGAUACACCAGUUCAGCACCAUGGAAGCCUCGCUCACUCUCAAUAUAGGGACGGGGCCGUCAGAAGCAGAAAUUCACCAUCAGGCUCUGCUGGAGGGAAACAUCUCCACAGAAGUGUGCCUCAGUGUCCUUGAUGUGCUUUCUCUCUUUACUCAGUGUUUUAAGACCCAGCUGCUGGACGGCGACGGUCACAACCCUCUGAUGAAGAAGGUGUUUGACGUUUACCUAACCUUCAUUAAAGUUGGCCAAUCAGAAGCUGCUCUCAAGCAUGUCUUCUCCGCGCUCAGGGCGUUCAUAAACAAGUUCCCGUCAGUGCUGUUCAAAGGCCGGGUGACACUGUGCGAGGCUCUGUGCUGCGAGGUGCUCAAGUGCUGCGUCUCCAAGCUGGGAUCUCUGAGGGCCGAGGCGUCGGCGCUGCUCUACCUGCUGAUGAGAAACAACUACGAGUACACCAAGAGGAAGACCUUCCUACGCACACAUCUGCAGAUCAUUAUCGCUGUGAGCCAGCUGAUCUCUGACGUUGCACUGACCGGCAGCUCACGCUUCCAGGAGUCUCUCUCCAUCAUCAACAACUUCGCAAACAGUGACAAAGCAAUGAAGUCGACAGCGUUCCCCUCUGAAGUGAAGGGUCUGACCAAACGUAUCCGCACGGUGCUGAUGGCCACAGCUCAGAUGAGGGAGCACGAGAAGGAUCCGGAGAUGCUGCUGGACCUCCAGUACAGCCUGGCCCGGUCCUAUGCCAGCACUCCAGAGCUGAGGCGGACCUGGCUGGACAGCAUGGCCCGAGCACACCUGAAGAACGGAGAUCUCUCUGAGGCGGCCAUGUGCUACGUUCAUGUGGCGGCGCUUGUUGCAGAAUACCUUCACAGAAAAAAGUUGUUUCCCAGUGGCCUUGCUGCUUUUAAGAAAAUCACGCUGAAUAUUGAAGAGGAAGCGGCCAUGAAAGAGGACACCGGCAUGCAGGAUGUUUAUUACACUGAGGAGGUCUUGGUGGAGCACCUGGAGGUCUGUGUGGAGGCUCUGUGGAAAGCAGAGCGCUAUGAGCUCAUCACGCACAUCGCCAAGCUCAUUAUCCCAAUCUACGAGAAGAGACACGAGUACACGAAACUCAGCCGGCUGUACGACACGCUGCACAGGGCGUACAACAAGAUCAUGGAGGUGAUACAGUCGGGCCGCCGGCUGCUGGGAACAUACUUCAGAGUGGCUUUUUAUGGGCAGGGCUUCUUCGAAGAGGAGGACGGGAAGGAGUACAUCUACAAAGAGCCAAAACUCACCGGCCUGUCAGAGAUCUCCCAGCGCCUGCUGACACUCUACGGGGAGAAGUUUGGGUCAGAAAACGUCAGAAUCAUUCAGGAUUCAAAUAAGGUUAUCACCAAAGACCUCGACCCGAAGUUCGCCUACGUCCAGGUGACCUUUGUCAAGCCAUACUUUGAGGAGAAGGAGGCACCAGAGAAGAAAACGGACUUUGAGAAGUGCCACAAUAUCAACCGCUUUGUGUUCGAGACUCCUUACACGCUGUCGGGGAAGAAGCACGGCGGGGUGGAGGAGCAGUGCAAGAGGAGGACUGUUCUCACAACUGCCAACACUUUUCCAUAUGUGAAGAAGCGCGUGGAGGUGGUGUCGGAGAAACAGGUGGAGCUGAAGCCGGUAGACGUCGCCAUUGACGAGAUGAAGGCGCGAACGGCAGAGCUGACCAAACUGUGCUCCAGUCAGGAGGUAGACAUGAUCCAGCUGCAGCUUAAACUGCAGGGCUGCGUCUCUGUGCAGGUGAAUGCAGGGCCCAUGGCGUAUGCCAGAGCAUUCCUGGAUGACAGUAAAUCCAACCAGUCUGGCAACAAGAAAGUGAAAGACCUGAAGGACAUCUUCAGGCGUUUUGUUCAGGCUUGCAGCAUGGCUCUGGACAUAAACGAGCGCCUGAUCAAAGAGGACCAGUUCGAAUACCACGAAGGCUUGAAGGCUAAUUUCAAAGAAAUGGUGAAGGAGCUGUCAGACAUCAUUCACGAACAGAUCUACCAGGAAGACAUGAUGCGCUCGCUUCUGCAGAACUCCCUCCAUGUGUUCCGUGCUAUCAGCGGGACAUCCACCGACCUGGGCUGACCUCUGCUGCCCCCUCACCUCUGCACAUGUCCUCACAUGAGCUGGAUGCUUACAGAAAGACUCCUACAUCAUGUCUACCUGGUUAACCCUGCAGAAACACCACGUCUCCCUGGCAAACAUGCCUUAUUCUUCAAAGACUGAUACGUAGAUGGAUCUAAAAGUCAAACCACAGCAGCAGUAUUUCUGAGAAUGUAAAACAGCAGCACCUACUAAAUGUCUGCAUGUCAGGUUUAGGUGUUGUGCUGAAUCAUGCUUGGUUUCAUUGCACUUUUUCUCCCUUUUGUGAUGACCUACAGGAGUGACUGUUGUUUUACUAUAAGGGAGAUACUCGCCUGAAGCAAUCCCCCCCUUAUUUUCUUUCUGCAAAUGUUCCCUUCUGAUCUAUGCAGGAACCUUCGCUCUGCACUGAAUAAGAAAUGCAUCAAGAGCCGAUAAUUAGGGGAAAACAUUCAUUCAUGUGCCACAUUGUUUGUUUGGACAACAACACUGGUUCUAAUCAAGGCGAUCAAAACGAAACGGAAGAUAAGCUGUCUGGCCAAAAGGUUUGUGCUUAUUCAUAGCUUUUAGUUACAUGACUAGAGCAGAGACACAGGACAGAAAAGAGCUUUGGUGGUGACCACCAUUGAAAACUGUGGAGCUAAAGCAUCUGCCUUUAAUUUCCUGCUGAACUGUUCGUAUCUGUGUUCUUUAACUGAUUCAUGCCAGGUGAAUGUAAGCUGGAAGCUUAGUCCUCCUAUUGAUGGAUUGUAAAAUGGCAUGGCAGAAUUUUUACGACCCUUUCCAUUAAAAUGACGGAUAACAAAAAAGUCAAGCGCAACCUCUGCUCUGAGACCAAUAUUAACUUGUCUUAAAGGGGUAAAAUAUGUGACCUUUAAUUGGAUGAACUUGAUCAAACAGUGUCCUUAUCUAAGAUGGCAUGAAUCAUGCUGUAAUACAGAAAAAGAUGCAUUUAGGAUGAGUUAAAAACAGUAAAAUUAGGCUUUGAGAGACCCUUUUCUUUCAAAGUGAGUAUUAGAUUAAAAUGAACAUUUAUUCUUAGAACUGUCACCUUAAAAUGAUGAAGCAUCCUUAACAUUGUUGCUGAUGCACACAUACCAUUAUAGACAGAUUUUUAAAUAUGUUUAAAGGCUGUUCCAGUGUCAGUUUUCAGAAUAAAUGUACAUUUUCAUCAAUCACACUGAAAAAGUACUCCCCCAACCCAUGAUUUAACUAAUUUUAAGUCAGCUAGAAUCUUGAUUUUCAACUGAUGGAUGGCAACAGGUCUAUGAUGUGCUUUUAUUUUGAAGGCUGUGUUCAGACUUCCACAUUUUUCAUUAAAAAUAUUUGAAUAUGAUUGAAAAAUGUAAGAAAUUUGGGUUGCAGUUUGUCAUGAAGAUACAGGAACCUGAUGCUAGACCAGUGGAGUCCUUCUUUUCUUAUUACAGUUGGAUUUAUAUCAAUUAAUGAUAUUUAAUAUCCACUCCUGGCACUAAAUAUAAAUAUACAGUAUAUAGGGCUUUCCCUUUUAUUUGGUGCAGCUCUACUUCCACUUAAGAACUAAGUAUUUCUUAUAUUUGGAGUCCACUGCACAGUUGUUUUUAUGAUUUAUUUUGAUUUAACUGACAGUGCUUUUCUUCUCACUUCUAUGUUUCUGUGUUUGCACACUGCCCUGAGGUCUCAUGUUCUUAUAUGGGAAUGAAAAGGCUGUGUCUCUGGGCUAAUUAGGGAAAAUCAUGCAUAAUCUUCUGGCCUACCAGCACAUGGCAUUUAUCAAUUCAAUAAUACAGAUCUGAACAACUCAUUCAUGACUCUGACAUCAGUUUCUCUCAGAAACUUUAAGAAAAAACUUAAGAAAAUUACAAAAAAUAUUGGUAAAUGAGGCCAGCUUUCUGCUGCCACUUUCAGCCUGUGUUCUGGAUUGCUCAUAUUUUUAAAAAGCUGUCCUAUUUUGAUCAGGUUCACUGAAUAUUUUAUGCCAGGAUUGAGAGAAGUGUGUCCUUUUGUUUGUUAACAGAAAGAGAUUCCAUUGAUUCCCAAAGUUGAAGUUGUGUCUUGAUAGGCUGUGAGUGAUGCAGCGCCACAUGCCCUUCAUUCCUCUCUGUUGCUCAGGUUGAGAUGGCCUGGAGCAGAAGGAAGCAUUUCUUGGCAGGUAGCCUGCAGGUUAAUAGGCUGUGAUAAAUGAGUCAUGUAGAAACCUUUAAUAAAGUCAAGGCCAAAGUUACUUCCCUGUUUGUACAGAAUGAAAACCCCUGACAAGCUGUUAAGAGGUUUGUGUUAAAGCAGUGUGGUGAAGCUGCUCUUAAGAAGGGUUUGUGUGGUGAUCGAUUAGAGUAAUGUACAAAUCUGAGAGUUAUAACAGUGUUCUAGAGGUAAUUGAUAUUAAGUAUAAUGAUGCUAAAGUCUAUCAAAGAUGCAUAACAAUCAUCAAAACAGUUUUAUCUGCAGGCUCUUUUUCCCGCCUGUAGCUUCAGAAAUGGGACACAGCUGAUCAUAAAAUUUACUCCAGUACAGCGGGUGAGUGAAGAGUUCGUCUCAUCUGGGUUAAAAUCCAGUGCCUUUCUGCUCUGCCUUCUGAAGAGACUCCAGUAAUAACAUCACAUGCAGAUUACUAACCGUGAUUCACAAGUGCUACACUGUAAUUAGCAGUUAGAUGAAUGAUAUUUAAGCAAGUGUACAUACUGUGAUGUCAUGCUGUAAAGAGAAUUCUGUAUCCAUGUAUGUUUGUAUGUACUGUAUGUAUGUAUUUAUAUUUGAAUCAUGUUGGACUUGGCUCAGUCCAAACCAUCCCAGCAGUUUGUCUUUCUUUUCAUUUUUAUUGCAUUGUAUACAGAAGUGCAGCUGCUUGUCAAACUUAAUUUGUAAAGCCAUUUUUCAA